GGAGAGUGCAAAUCUUGUUUGGUCUGGGUCUGUGAACUUCAGCGUGACUUCAACGACGUACACAGGGGUUAAAAACAACUCUUUCCAAAACUUUCAACUGUAUUAAUGUUGCGCAAAUACUACUCAGGGAUCUCAAACCUGAUGUGCUUGGCUUAUGUUUCUGAUUAACGCCAUAUGCCACAUUAGUUUAAUUAGCCCAACAGGCGGAAUGUCCUGUUAUCAGUUUCUUUUUUAAUGUCUUUAUUGGCUGUGAAAUUGUAUAUCGGCCACAUGUAAACUCUCUAUAACUGAGUGGAUGUGCGUUGUUUUUUUUUUUUAGAUCGCACAGCAGGCUCAAAAAUUUGCCUCUACUCAGUGAAUAUUUAAAAAAAAUACUUCUAAUUUCCCUAAAGGCAAAGAAAUAAUAUUCACGACUGCGACUGGUAAUGAUCACCGUAGGUAACACAAUGUCCGGGGCUCAGGGCUACCCAGCAUGUCAGGUAUUAACAGAGCGAGUGUGAUUAAAUGUGGGAGGUAGGAUCUGUGAGGCUGGCGGAGAGCGCUGCUGCCGCUGCGAGCUGGAAACUACUGAAUGGGAAUCUAUCCGGCAACUUCAACAGACCGCUGUCUCACGGCGACACGGGGGCUCUGCGUAAAACCAAGCGGCGCGUCUCCAAGUCUGGGUCAGCCCAACUCACAGACGGAGAGGACGCUCAAGUUGGAUCGGGCGAGCAGCUUUUCACUUGUUAUCGGCGCUCGGCUCCUACUAACAUGCCUGCCAUCAAAAAGGAGAGGCUGGAUGGAGACGACAUGGCAUUGACUGCGUUCAACCAGUCCGAAUACCUGGCCCCUUUAAAUGCCACCGCUAUCCCCGUGGUGACCCCGCAUCCGCCGCCCUACGACCACAUUUUCGCCCAUCACCGCGCGUACUUGGGGCUCCACGACUCGGCGCUGCAUCACCAGCAUCUCCACCAUCACACGGACGACUUAAUGCUGGAGAGGUUCUCCUCCAUCCCCGACUUUCAGCCCUUCUUCGAUAACGGCGAGCCGUGCAUCGAGGUGGAGUGCGGGGAAAACAAGGCUUUGCUUUAUAUCAAUAAACUGUGUCAAGGCAGUAAGGGACCUUCGAUUAAAUACAGGGGUGAGUGGCUCACCCCCAACGAGUUCCAGUUUGUCAGUGGACGAGAGACUGCCAAAGAUUGGAAACGGAGUAUUAGACACAAAGGGAAAAGUCUCAAGACUCUCAUGUCCAAAGGAAUCUUACAGGUGCACCCUCCAAUCUGUGACUGUCCUGGUUGCCGAAUUUCAUCUCCAGUGAACCGUGGGCGCUUGGCUGAGAAACGCACCAUCCCCCUCCCCCCCAACCGGGUGCCCAAGAAGGAGCUGGCCUCCAUCUUCAGCAGUGACGACAGUGAGGGCAGCGAGCGGGCCAGUGGGGAUCAUGCCCACAUCAAGCAAGAGGACGAGUUGCAUUACAGUAUCAUGAGAAAGAGUCGUGACAGUGACCUCUCUACAAUCAUCUCCAACCUGCACCACACCAGACAGCACGGCAUGCCUGAGGGCCAGUCAGCCUCUGACCACAACACCAGUACCGGACACACAGAUGACCUUCUAGGCAAAAGGAGAAGCUUCUCUCCCAACAGCAGCAGCGAGUGUCCCUCUGACAGCAAGAAGUCGCGUAGCGUAUCCCCCAAAGAAAACUCCCAGAGUCCAGUGGUGGAGGCAGGCGGCAGCCACGGCCACAUGAGCCCUGAGGAGCACUACAGGCGCAUGAUGUCAGCGCUCAGCGAGCAAGGGUCUUAUGAAGAGCAGCAGCAACGCCUCUACCAGCUGGCCAGCAGCAUGGGUCUCCAUGGCCACGACAUGCUGCGUGCUCGUCAGGAGGCGUUGGCUGCGGCCGUGAGGAACCCAGUGGCCUUAGAAGCUCACCUGCCCUCAGCGGGCAGCUCCUCCUCAUCCAGCCAGAGACGCAAGCAGGGCCUGCCACAGCACCGGGACGCGCAUUACACCGACAGAGAGCUGUCCCACCCUCCGCCCUUACUGUCCCCUCCAACUGCCCCUCACAUCGCCUUAGGACCUCACCUGCGGCCUCCUUUCCUGGGCAUGCCCUCUGCUCUUUGCCAGGCCCCUGGGUAUGGUUUCCUCCAACCAGCUCAAGCUGAGAUCUUUGCUCGGCAACAGGAGAUGUUGAGGAAGCAGAAUCUGGCCAGACUUGAGAUGUCGGCAGAGCUGCUGAGACAGAAGGAGUUAGAAAGUCUGCACCAGCGACAGCAGCAACAGCAGCAGCGUCUUCUGGGCUCCGACCCUCUGGGAGCUCUACCUCCCGGCCUGCCCCCAGACCAUCCAGCCCUGCGCAACCUCCAUGACAUCCCAGAGGGCCACCCUCUCCGCGAGGAACUGGCCCGCCGUUCAAAUGCGAUGCUGGUGCUUCGCCAUGGAGCCGCCGCGCCCCUCCUAACCCUCAACCACCACCAGCAUCAACCAGGGGCGUCCUCCACACCCAAAGACACCCAGGCACAGAGCUCCACUGCUGGGCCAGAUGCUGAAUCCAGGAAGGCCCCCCGCAGAGGCCCCCAGAUACAGCUCCGUGCUGGGGAUCACACAGGAGGAAGAGAGGACAGAGGAAGAGAGGGAGACAGGGAGGUACAGGAUGAGGAGAUGAAGGACUCAGACAGUGAGGCAGAAAUGUGCACGGAGAGGCAGGAGGGUAUCGGUGCCAAGUCCACUAGUAAACCCAGGGACAGGGAGAGAGAUGGGGCUAAAGAGACUGGCACCAAGGGAGUGUGUGAUGGUGCCAAGGAGACUGGAGAGAGCUCAGGCAGGCUGAGCGCCCCUUGUAGCUCAGCAGGUACGGAGUCACCCAGUCGCCACCUCUUCACCCCUGGACUAGGCAAGGCUGAUGUCAAGUACCACCUGCCACCUGGGUUUAUGCCACCACUGCCUGCUCUUCACGCCCAGUCGUUCCCCUUUGGAUUCCCCUACGCCAACCCUUACUUUCACACGGGCUCUGUGGGAGGUCUUUUCAUGGAUGGGGAGGACUCAGCCACAGCAAACCCUGUGGAGGACAUCAGCAAGUGGAGUGUGGAGGACGUGUGUGGCUUCAUAAGCAGCCUGGCCGGAUGUGCUGAAUACACACAGGUGUUUCGGGAGCAGGCCAUUGAUGGAGAGACAUUACCACUGCUCACUGAGGAGCACCUGCUCAGCACCAUGGGACUAAAGCUGGGGCCCGCGCUCAAGAUCCGCUCACAGGUGGCGCGUCGCGUCGGCAGGCUUUUCUACAUGACUGGAUUCCCCCUGGCUUUCCCAUUUCCGCCUUCUGCCGCUCUGCGCCCCCCAGAGCGGGAUCGGGACCCCCUCGCCACGCCAUCUGAUACCCCCCUGCCUCUGUCUCUGUCCCUGCCCCACAGACCCACUUCCACCAGCAGCAGCUCCUCUCCCUACAGCGGUCCCACCCCAGGGUGCUCAUCCCCCAAGCAGGAGAACGGCAACGGCUCCACUGUGGCGGGAAGAUACGAGGCCAAAACUCCUUCGUAGGAGCUGGCAGGCAGGGGUGAGGAGGGCAGACCUGCCUCAGAACUAGCCAGGGGAAGGGGGGUUGGGGUUACGCAAAUGAGAGAGAUUGACUCCCAAGCUCUAUUUACCAGAUCCCCCCUCCCUCAUCUUGGGACGCUUACGCUGAAAUUUAUGGGAAAACAUUGGACUGGAUUAAAAGACAACUGAACGAUAUGGACCACAUCCGGCAAACCAAUCAGACUCUUGAGUUCCUCUGCAGUGGCUGUAGCCGAGCAGAAUCCAAAGAAACUGGGUUGGAAGGGAGACACGUGAAGCGACAGAGCAACGGAGAAAAAGAAAAAAGGAGGAAAAGGAGACAGCUGGUCACAGACAGCCUGCCAAAAAAAAAAGGAGCGAAGCCCUGCCACAAACGCGACAUUCUUGCAAGUCAGACAGUCAGACGCUAGCGGAAACUCUUCCUUCCUUCCUGGGCUGGAGGAAGCUCUGCUCACUCACUUUCUUUCUCUAGUCUCCAUCUCUGACUGCUCUCACCACAAGCCCUGCAGAACCCAGGAAUUAAAAAAGAGACGCCUCUCCCCUCUUUUCUCUCCCUCCCUUCCUUCCCUUCUGCUCGUUUGUUUCCCGAGGCCAAACAGCAGCGUGGAGCUGUCUUUUUUAGAGGCUGGAGUUGAAGCAUAUGCUGAGCAGCAGCACAUCUGACCAGCUCCCUCUUUAUCACUGCAACUAUGCAUUCCACUGUCCCAAUACCAAAGAUGACCGGAUGUGUGGAAUAGGAACCAUGUUUCACAAUGUGUCUGCUUCUUUUUGCAUUAAUAGUCUCAGAGAAAGACUGGUCCAACAGGGGAAUGCUAGGCUAGUGCCUCACAUGAUGGACUCUAUUUUUUUUUGUUGGGGGGGGGGGGGACAAGUAGAGCUGUCAUUUCCUGACAUAGAAAGGCUUCAAAAUGCUGGUGAAAUGGAGAAGCGUCUCUGAUGUGUCAUUGUACGCUUGUGUUGACUACUGUGGGAGGUAGGAAAAACAUGCAAAAUUGUACAGAAUCAUGCUUAAGAUGAAAAUAUCCUGAAGGUUACAUACGUGGUACUUUUACUUUUUGUUAAAUGUAGUUGCACGAAUAAGGUUUUCUUUACUGAAAAAUGUGACUUGCUGAACUUUGGUGGUACUUUUUGUUCAUACUUUUGUUCUGCCUUCUUUUUUUUAAAAGUGUAAUAUUAAAAGACGCUCCAAUCUUGAAUGCUACUUCAGCAUAUAAAUAUGAGGAAAAAAAUAUUUAUAGGACUUUUGAUGUAGUAGAUAAAGCAGAUUAUGAUAUGUAUUAUAAUUAGCCCUUCAGAUGGAUUCCAAAGAUACUUUUACAUGGUUUUCUCUUGGUUGCAGGGAAAAGAAAGGCACAAAGCUCUUAAUGCAAAUGUUUUGAAUUUGUUAUGGUUGUUUUUUUUUUUUUUUAACUACGCAAGCAAUGAAUUAAAAUGGUCUCUAGAUUUCCCUUCAAAAAUUUUGUCUUCAUCCUAUUUUUCUAUUCACCACACAGGUGAAAUAAAUCCUAAAGAAUU